AUGAUGUGCUUCAAGAUCCUGAGAAUAAGCCUGGUGGUUUUGGCUGGGUGGGCGUUGAGCACUGCCAACUCUGAGUGGGGCUGGACACGCACGAAAGCCUCGGCUCAGAGGGGACACCUGAACCAGGUGCUGGCGGCAGGAGAACGCUGCAGGCUGGGGGCCCAGGUUCGAAGGCCCAGAGCUUCUCCCCAGCAUCACCUCUUUGGGGUCUACCCCAGUAGGCCUGGGAACUACCUGAGGCCCUACCCUGUGGGAGAGCAGGGAAUCCCUCACGCAGGACGCAGCAAACUCAAUGCCCAGGGAAGGGCUAUGAGCCUGGCUCCCCAAGACCUGACUGAAAACACAGCUUGGGUGAGGAGUGAAGUCCAGCAGCCGGAUGACCCAUGGGUAGAGGAUGGUCCUAUUGGGCAAUCUGAGCUGCGGGGAGAUGAUGACACUUAUCUCAGCAAUGGAGGAUCCAAGGAGCCUCUAGGGGAGGCUGGGACUCCCACCGUGACUACCCCCCUUGCAAACCCAGAGGAAUCCAACCCAGAGACCCGAAGGAAGGGCUGGGUCCUGUCCCGGCGCCGUCGCCAGGCGGUGAGGAGGCAGGCGGGAGACAUGCCGGGAGACCCUGCUGUGUCUCCUCUGCAUUUUCAACCUCGGCCCAAGCAUCCCCUCAAGCACAGGCUCAGAAACAGCCCACUGGAAGACAGCAUCCAUAAUGGUGGCGGGGACCCCUCCUGGGCAUCAGAGAUCUCUGGUUCCCCAGGAAGACUGCCUGUCUUGUACUUCUCUGGGAGGCGGGAGCGGCUGCUGCUGCGGCCAGACGUGCUGGCUGAGAUUCCCCGGGAGGCGUUCACAGUGGAAGCCUGGGUGAAACCGGAGGGAGGACAGAACAACCCAGCCAUCAUCGCAGGUGUGUUUGAUAACUGCUCCCACACUGUCAAUGACAAGGGCUGGGCCCUGGGGAUUCGCUCAAGGAAGGACAAGGGAAGGCGGGACGCUCGCUUCUUCUUCUCCCUCCGCACCGACCGUGCGAAGAAAGCCACGAUUGUGGUUAGCCGCAGUCGCUACCAAGCAGGCACAUGGACACAUGUGGCAGCCACUUACGAUGGACAGCGCGUGGCCCUAUAUGUGGAUGGCACUCAGGUGGCUAGCAGUCCAGGGCAGUCUGGUCCUCUGCACAGCCCUUUCAUGGCAUCCUGCCGCUCUUUGCUCCUGGGAGGGGACAGCUCUGAGGACGGGCACUAUUUCCGUGGACACCUGGGCACGCUGGUUUUCUGGUCAACCGCCCUCUCUCAAAGCUACCUCCAGCAUAGUCCUCAGCAUUUGAGUGUGGUGGAGCAGUUGACCGCCUUGAUCCUGACAGCCAGUUUUGAACCUCUGAAAGAACAGUGGGCCCCCUUUAGAGAUGAGAAGUACCCCCGGGUUGAAGUUCUCCAGGGCUCUGAGCCACAGCCUGAGAUUCUGUCACCGUUGCAGCCCCCUCUCUGUGGGCAGACAGCUUGUGACAAUGUGGAGCUGAUUUCCCAGUACAAUGAGCACUGGCCCCUUCGGGGAGAGAAGGUGAUACGUUACCAGGUGGUGAACAUCUGCGACAAUGAGGGCCUAAACCCCAUUGUGAGUGAGGAGCAAAUCCAACGUCAGCACGAGGCACUGAAUGAGGCCUUCAGUCGCUACAACAUCAGCUGGCAGCUGAGUGUCCACCAGGUCCACAACUCCACGCUACGCCACCGGGUCAUGCUUGUGAACUGUGAACCCAGUCAGAUUGGCAAUGAUCACUGUGACCCUGAGUGUAACUACCAAUUCACGGGCUAUGAUGGGGGAGACUGCCGCCUGCAGGGCCGCUGCUACCCUUGGAACCGCAGGGACGGGACCUGUCACAUAGAGUGCAACAACAUGCUGAAUGACUUUGAUGAUGGGGACUGCUGUGACCCCGAUGUGGCUGACGUGCACAAGACCUGCUUCGACCCUGACUCACCAAAGAGGUAA